AAGUGGCGUGCGCACUCGGACCUAAACAAUUAUGGUUAAUUAGAGAACUUCCCAUCACGCCAAUCGCUGAAGAUCGCCUCAGCCAUAAACUGCUCUGUCGAACCUCGAGCACAGUCACUCCCUCCAGGCAAGGAGAGGCUCUGCUGCCCUGAACAACACUCUUCCUCCACCGUAUUGUGUUUCCCUUGAUGCUGUAGUCAAGGUCCAUGAAGAAGGAGAAAACAGAAAGUGAGCAGCACAAGUUAGUCGAGACUAGAAAGAAGAGAGAAGGAUCAGAGCGUAGUAGAGCUAGCUACUAAUACAGGCAGAUGCAACAGGGAGACGUGGACUGUGCAUCGGAAGGAAUCACCGGAGUCUGAGGGAGACAAGACAAGCUACAUUGAGGUGUCGUUAGAGGCUUUGCUGCAAUGAGCCAGAGAGGCUAUUCACCGAGACGUUAUGGACGCUCUGAACAUGCUCCAAUAGUGAUUGAUAUGGUGGACUAUGGGGGCGAUGAUUUUGCAGAUGAUUUUACGUACUCAAGCAGCCACUACUCGAGUCCUCGACCCACAACGAGUAUCCACUCUAGCCCUCGUCAUUCUGGCGCUGGAGGGGUGAUUGGAUCUCAUCAUUCACCGCGCCAUGCUGCAGGAGCACGACACGGUAGUCCUCGGCAUUCCCGACAGGGCAGCCCUCGACACAGUAGUGGUGGCAGUCCUCACCAUACAAGCACUUCCAAUCAUGCGAGCCCACGGCAACCAGCACCAUCGCCGCAACCCAACCUAUCAGCAUCCCCAAGUAACCAAUCCAGUCCACGACAAGCUGUGCGAGUGCACAACUUUGCGCAGCGACGCAGCUUCAUGAUGGGCGGCUUUGAUCGUCCCGAAGAAUUCCCUCACCAGCAUCCUCAGCCCCAACAGCAAGACGUGGAGCCCAACCGAGUGUAUCGAGUUGAAAACAAUGAAGAUCCCCCGGUUGACUAUGACGAUUAUCCAAUUGAUACCACCCUCAACGAUGGUAUGGCUGAGAAUGAAUACAGACAGAGCCCUGGUCGCUCUCGAAACUUCCAGCUACUCGACGAGGUGGACACAAGGGACAGACCCGUUCACUCUGCGAGAGGUCGAACGGGCGGUCUGUCUCGGCCCUCCACAUUAAGCAAGAAGCAUCAUGAACAGCUGCUGGAUGAUUCUCCAAUCUAUGGAAGUAGUUUCGGGACAAGCUCCAGUCGGUUGGACAGUCGCUCCCUAAUGGAAACCACGUCCACACGGCAUGUCCAAGGCGCUACUAUACCGGUAUUCAACAGGAUGAAACGGCCGGAAGAAAGCGUCUUUACCUUUGACAGUGCCCCUGACAACGACAUGCAUACUGUUCCCGGUGUUAUCAAUCGUCCUCGUUCGGAUGGCGGUGGCACUGUCGUACCUCCCGACAGUACCAGAGAAAGCAUGAGCGUGGCACAAGCUUCAGAAAAGAAAGUCUUCUACUUUGACAUUGACGACUUGAGUCAACGACUGUUGAACAGCGGGGACCAAGAUCUCAGCCGAAGACUUCGCAAGAAGAAGGCCAAGAAUGCCCGUAGCAGGAUCAGUCGGAACAGGGCAAGGCGCAAGUCCAAGAAGAGUGUGUUUAAUUUGGAGCUGGACAGCUCAGCCACAAGUAUGCUUCAAGGCAAUGACAAUACAGUUAUCUCGACGCCAGAUCUGGUGGGUGCGAGUCGUGACAGUUCGAAAGGGUACGGUCGAUUCGAUAGUCGCAGUGCCACCAGUGCUUUGUACGUAGACACCAGCGCAGACAUUGACGAAUUUGCGACUACCAAGGACCCCAAUCCCGCUGCCAUUAGAAGCGUCGUCAGUAGUCCAACCAGAGAUGAAAGUAGCAUUCCAAUCCGACGCAAUCCCAGUGUUGGGUCGCCUCCGGCAGAACAACAGACCGGGACAUUGUCUCCUGAUGCAACCAUGGAACAAGAUGGGGAGUCGAUUACCCAGGAGAAAGGGAAAUCAAGUGCUGUUCUUGGAGCAGCUAAUGCAAGAGAAUCGUCCACCCGGUCUCGCCGCGAAACCGCGAAGCAAACCUCACCCCGUCAUUUGGUUGCCAACAACCACGAGCAACGCCAACGUGAAAACCCCUUGGCAGAGAAACGGUCGUCUAAAAAUCACGAGAAUAGUACCGGUAGUGUGGGAGGAGCCGAGCUAAAAGGCCCAAGCCCCAAGCAAUCAAAUCGGAUCAACAGCCCAUCGUCGACGAAGGGGGCAGAACCUGAAGCAGACGCGUCGACCCACAAGAUUAAUAGAGGACCGGCUGACUCUGAAGUCAGAGUCACAAAGGUCUAUGACGAUAUCAAUGAUAGACUGGAUCACAUUGUAAAGCGUGAAAAUGACGCAGAGAAUAGACAGAGAGCGAUUCGUGCUGUGUUUGAGGAGGUCCAGCAACAUGUUGCUGAUUUGAGGAAACACAAACAGCAUGGGUUGAAAGGAGACUCAGAAGACCAGCGGGAAGGAUUCGUUGAUCUGGUUAGCGUAGCCGACAGCAAGCCGAAGCGGACCGAUGAAGGUGAUGAUCAGGUCAUCAAGCGCCUGAACGAAAGCAGUGACAAUGAAGAUAUUUUGGGUAAGCUUGACAAGCACCACGGAAACCGAGGUCCUUAUCGACAAGAGUUUAGACCAAAAGUUCGUAGCCCUACGAUUGAGGAUAUGGUCAGCCCUGCUAUUGCUCCGAUUGCGCCUCCAUCUCCAAUAGCUCCUCUCAUCCCCAUUGCGGUGGCCGUUUCGCCCACAAAAAAGCCAAGUGCUUCCAGUGUUCAGCCCGCACCUCUACCAAUCAAGAGCGGAAGCAAUGAAGUCAUUGAUGUCGACGGUCAAAACGUUGUUCCGAACCUGAGCGCCAUAAAGAGCCAAGAGGUGAUGAGAGAAGAGGUGAUGAGAGAAGGAGAAAUGAACGAUGUUGGUGAAGGCGACCAAGAAGUUCAAGUGAUUGAUUUAGAGAAAAAAGGCGACGAAAAGAAUGAAUCAAUGCCUGGUACCAAGAACGGCCACGGGCACAGACCCAGCGGAUAUCUCAGCAGCGACCACAGUUGCGACGACGAGGUCGUUGUUCAGCAGCAAAGCAUAGAUGCAGAAGAUCCAGAAGGCACGACCGAUGUUGUUUAUAUCAUCGAAGAAGAUGAUGGGAAGAGUGUCGUCCACGUGGAAGAUAACACCAUGCUAGACCCAGAGCCCGACCCCAAGAUUUUUGUUACCGAUGUCGAACCCAAUGAUCCUUGUGAUCCUAGUGACACUGAAACUCUGAAGGAUGAGACUACAAGCACCAAGGAGAGUCGGCGCAUUGAAGCGACUCGCACAGAUGGACCACGCAGGGAUGCCCCACACAUGGAAAUCCCGCGAAAGGAUGCCUUUGUUGAAUCUCCAACAAAUCAUAUUCUCCAAGACGAGUUGAAGAGCACUGAAUCUCGUGGCAACGAGAUCUUGAACUGUUUAGAUGAUGAAGAAGACAAAGGGCCAGUUGCUCUUGGUCGGCCUGACAUCGAACAAAACGACCACGAAGAUCGUCUUGAGCCAGAUGGAAGUAGGCUUGAAGUGGAGGAUGCAAAGGAGGCUGAACAUUCUGAUGGAGAUACUUUCGCUAGCCUCGAAGAAUUGCCGAGUGGCACACGUGUUGGGGCAGUGAACAGUCCGAAGAGUGCAACAAGUCCAAAACUUGAAGAAGCCGUGCUUGAUGACAGUGACACUGACGACGGCGCAAAUCUGGACAUUGACAGGGAGUUCGAACGAGUUGUCCCACUUGACAAGGACGAUGCACCAGUCAACUACAGCAUAAAGAUCGACGAAACUCUAGAUAGAGUGGCCAGGCAGAACGAGCUUGAAAAACAGGAAAUGCAACAAGGAAAGAAACUGAGAGAAGAGCAGACCAAAGCCUCCGGCCGAAACACACCAAGGCUGGAGAGGCUGGAGAGGCAGAGCAGAGAUUCAACCCCGAAACGAUCCUCGCCUAAUCGCUUGUCUCGAAAAGACGAGGAUGACAAAGCCAAUGCACUUUUGGAUAACCUUAGCAACGGGAGCCUGUUCUCCAGCGAUCACGAAGAACCCCCGCGGCCUAGAAGCAAUACACCCCGCGCAGACAAAAGCAAUUCUGAGAAAGGAGGCAAUUUCAACCCGAACUUUGUAGACUUGGAGGACGAGGAUGACGAGGAAAUUGAGAUUACGACGGACAACAAACGGAACCUCAAGAAAAAACAAAGCACGGAAAACGGAGUUGUUUCUUUGGACUACGACUUCAAUUUGGCAAUCAGUGCUGCUUCGAAAAGUUCAAGUUCUGCGUCUGAUCUUCAGGAGUUUCCAAUGUCUGACCAGCAUGGAGAUGGAGAUGGAGAUGGAGAUGGUGAUAACUAUGGUUCUGGAAGCAGCAAUGUUUCCAGCGAUAUCUCCGAGUCAACAAGUGGUUCUGUCACUGAUUCCAGCUACGAUUCUUUCAUAUCAAUCGUAGAAACGGAGGAUGAGUCUGACCUCGAGUUCUUUGACGAAGAAGGGGGGUUUGCUGAGAACUUCAUGUCCAACUUGGUUAGUUCAACCUUCGGUUGGAUCGAGAAGAAGCAGGAGCAGCUGGUCUGUGGUUUCAAAUCGGGCGAUUUUGAUGGCCCAUCUUUGUUGAGGGAGUCCAUGACGCGCCAAAAGAAGAGUGAAGCAGAAGAGAAGAGUAAAACCAGCAAAGCCAUGAAAAGUCUGCGUAAUGCAGUGGCGUCGAAGUACGCUCGAGAGGGUCCUGCUCUCUCGACGACUCCAUCGGCAUCUGUGCCCGCUUCAGGAGAAAAGAAGAAGAGCAGUCAUGGAAAGAAGACUUCACGCCGCGCAGAGACAGCACUCGAGUUUGUCGAAGAGCGUCACAAGAGAGGCAAGAGGGCCGAAACACCUCCCAACAAGAAAAGUCCAUCUUCACCGGGUGUCGAUGGUGAAGAGCAACACCAUAGGAACACUGAAAAAUCAAGGAAGAAGUCUUCUGACACGGUCGAGAAACCGGAGAGGCUCAAACAGCACGUUGCGGACUCUCGUAAGAAGAGCCUUGUUGACGACCGGAAGGAAUCUGAUUCAGAUAUGAGUGCCCAGGCCAAGGUCUUGCCUGUGAGCGACGAGAAGAAAAAAGCAACUCAGAAGAAAGCCUCAGGAAACACGCAGCAUGACGAGACAGUAAUAGCCACCUUGAAGACUACAGGGACGGCGCGCACUGCCUCUUCUUCCAAGAAGAGCGAAACGAAGGGCUCACCCUCGAAGAAUAGCCGAAACCCGACAAAACCAUCGUCACGAUCUACACCGUCCAGCAGCCAAUACAACUUUGACUUUCUCAGCUCUGAAGACGAAGAGAAUGUCCAAGAUGCUGCGGUCAAACCGUCAGUGCCUGAUCCGAAACGCGCAGAGAAAGAAGUGAAAAAGACAAAAACAAAGAAAGCUGAUAUCAACGAGGACGGGCGGAAGAAAAAGCCAGCCUCCACCUCAAAACCUAUUGACGGCGAAAAGGCUGCAUCAAAAAACAUUGUGGUCAAUCCAGUCAACGAGCACAAAGAUUCAAACGUUUCCUCUCCCUCUCUUCUGGUUUCCGAUCAAAUCAAGGGCAAAUCGAAACGAAGUAGCAGUAAGCAAGCCAUCAAGGCACGUUCAAAAUCUCCAAGCCCUCCACGAUCGCACGGCACCCACGACGACAAAGCCCCACAUAUCUCAACGAAUGAAGCAAAAGGGUCUCUAAGCCCACCACGGCCAGCGACUCGAUCACCAAGUCCCAGAAGAGCAAAAUCACCAAUCCCGAGCAACGGACCACAGCCAGAGAGAGAGACAGGAGGGUUGGUUGAUAAAUCUUCCAAGCGAGUAUCCAGCAGCAAGGUCUCGUCGACGAAACAGUCGACGAAGGCCACAAAGAAGGCCUCAAAGAGAGAGAAGAUAUCUUCUUCCAAGGAUUCUUCCUCAAAAGUGUCUCAAACGACAGCAAGCAAACGCACCAACAGUACUAGAGCGUCGCGAAAGUCGAGGGCCAAUGGGCGUGCUCUGAGUCCGGCUGUCGAGAGACGUGAUGAAUCGGAUUCCGAUGGUGAUUCGGCCAACAACAUGACUGAAGAAGAGCGAGAAAGGGCAAGGAAGGAACGGCGUCGCGCAGCAGCAUUGAAACGUCGUCGCAAGUUGCGGGAACGAAGACGAGCGAAACUGGAGCAGAAUCUGACUGAUGACACAUUUGGUUGAAGUCCAAAGUUAGAACAUUGCCGCUUUGAGUAAGACAACGUAAAAAAGACUAUUUGUGAUAUAAAAAAGCACAAAGCGUUUCAUAAUCAGGGGCCUUCCUUCGUAUCGGUACCGGUAGCGCAGACAAUGUGAGGGCUACAACCCACGUUGCUGUGCCGAUUGAGAAGAGUUUCAAAGUAAAGCAUAGUGGACAGUAGUCAAGUUUGGUUUCAAUGAUUGUAAAUUUGUUUUAUUUCCU